UUACCAAAAAGAGUUUAUUAGUAAAGGUUAAUUUCGUAAAUUAAUAAGCCCUAAGCCCUUAAAAUGGUUAGGUUAAUAGAUGCAUUGAAGUGACAUACCGACGAUUUCUCGAUCAAAGUUUCGAUCAACGAUGGCGAAGAGUGUGAUCUCAAUGGACCAGCUGAAAGCUUUGUGGCACUCUGAGGUCCACGAUGAACGAAAGUGGGCUGCUAACAUGAAACUUGUGAGAGCACUUGGGGUGUUUGCAGGAGGAGUCUUCCUCAUGCGCAACUUUGGUGAUCUCAUGGCUGUCUGAAGAAACCUGAUUACUAUGGAGGAGAGAGCAUCUCUUAGUUUUUCACUUUCUCAGUUUUUGUAUUUUUUUCAAUGUCUCUCUAUAGAAGAAGGAAUGGUUUAGUUCCUGAUUUCACCAGUGUGAUAUGAAAAUAUCUCAGUUGAAACUGUGAUUCUUAUGUUAUGCUAAAGAGUUUACUUUUCAUG